CAAAGGUAGAUAAUAAAAGCCUGUCUCACAACAAAUACCUCUGGACAUCAAAGAUGGAGCAUGAGCUGUCAACAUGGCUGCCAAAACUGCAAAGCAUUCAAAGUUGGUCUUCCAAGUCCUCCACGCUGGUUUUCCUGCCCCCGUGGACCUGCUCCCUCUUCCCUCCACCCAAUGUCUUUGUGGGAAGCCCCACAACGAGGCACUCCAUUCAGACAUAUUCUCUGAGACCAGGUUUAAAGCUCCAAAAUUAAGACUUUCUCUUUUUCCAUGUCACUCAUCAAUAUUUCCAUUUCCUCAUACAGUCGAGGACAUUGUAGCCAUGCGGGACUAGGUACCAGCCAAGCCAUGCCACUUGAAAACGAGGGAAACUGGGCUUUCUUUGCCACAUCCACUACCAGGAAGAAGACCAUUCUCAGCAAUCAGACUGCUGAUGUCCCAGAAAAUGUCCACGUCACUCUGAAGGGUGCACGGUUAUUGAGAAGGGCCCCCCGAGGCACCCUGCAGAGGGACUUCAGUCACAUCGACGCAGAACUCAGUAUCCUCGGAAAGAAAAAGAAGAGGCUCUGGGUUGCCAGUUGGGGAGGGGGAAAUAGAAAGGAACUGGACGCCGUUCACAAUAUCUGCAGUCAGGCACAGAAGACCAAGCGUGUUACUCUGGGCUUCCCUUACAGGAUGAGGUCUGUGUACACUCACUGCCCCAUCGAUGUCAUUAUUCAGGAGAAUGGUUCUCUUGUUGAAAUCAGAAAUUUCUUGGGUGAAAAAUGCAUCCUCACGGUGCAGAUGAGGUCAGGCGUUGCUUGCUCAGUAUCUCAGGACCAGAAAGAUGAGGUGACUCUGGAAGGAAACGGCAUUGAACUUGUAUCAAAUUCAGCGGCUUCGAUUCAGCAAGCUGCAACAGUUAAAAACAAGGAUAUCAGAAAAUUUUUGGAGGGCAUGUAUGUUUCUGAAAAAGGACCAGCAGGCUGUUUGUUCAGCAGACUGAUGAACAAGAUCUCAGUUGUCCAGCUAUAGAAACAGCAAGAUGCCGAAUGAUUCCUCGCACCCGUUUGCAAUAUUCUUCACAUUUAUUUGUGUAAUUUUAAAGAUGCAAUAAAAGCUGUGGAUUGAA